AUGCCUGUUCCCUACGGCGCUGGCGUCUCAUCCAACAGUCCACCUUCCAGCUCCUCCACCAGCAUACAUGGUAGCAGCUCCUAUCAGCAUGAGAAUCUCAUUUUCUCUGGCCCCAACCCGAACCCUGGCGCUGCAAAGUAUCAACUUGCCAACAGCGCAAUGACAGAAGAAGAGGAUGACUACCUUCAUUCAAUUGACACCAAAUGGGACUCUUCAUCGCACAGCUGGAAUCUGCGAGGUUUCCUCAAUAUUUUCACCCUCACCUUGCUCGCUCUUAGCUUGCUCAUGCUCUUCCUUGGCUAUCCCGUUCUCAUCAAGGUCAAGAACAUGUAUGACAAUGACACAAAGGGCGCCUUUGGUCUUGGUGGUACCAACGGUUCCGGUCAGGUACCCGCCCUCGACAUUGUCUCUCUGAUCGAUUCCGACACUCCUCAAAGCGCUAUCAAGUGGACAAGCGGAUAUGACGAGUCAUCCUACCAUCUUGUCUUCAGUGACGAGUUCGAGGUCGAAGGAAGGACUUUCUGGCCAGGAGACGACCCCUACUGGGAGGCUGUUGACCUUUGGUACUCGGGUACUGGCGACUUCGAGUGGUACUCGCCCGAAGCUGUCAACACCACCAACGGAGCUCUGGUCAUCGCGCUCGAGGAGCACGAGCUUCACAACAAGAACUUCCGAUCAGGUAUGGUUCAGUCUUGGAACAAGUUUUGCUUCCAGGGUGGCUACAUCGAGUUCAGUGUCAAGCUUCCAGGUGGUCCCAGCACCAGUGGUUACUGGCCCGCCGUUUGGCUGAUGGGCAACCUCGGCCGCCCCGGUUAUCUUGCCUCCACUGAAGGCACCUGGCCCUACUCGUACAACUCGUGCGACACUGGUAUUUUGCCCAACCAGACGUUUGUCAACGGCACCGGCCCUUACCUUGCCAUCAACUCAAAGGGCACGUAUGCAUACAACGGCGAUCUUUCCUACCUCCCAGGCAUGCGCUACUCGUCUUGCACUUGCUCUGGCGAGGAACAUCCCGGCCCCAACAACAACGUCGCUCGAUCCGCGCCCGAAAUUGACAUCUUCGAGGUACAGGUGCAGUACAAGGAUGGCGAAACUCACUCGUACGCGUCCCAGUCGCUUCAGGUUGCGCCUUUCGAUGAUGCUUACGCUUGGGGAAACACAAGCGCCGAUGCGACCAUCUACAACAGCGAUGUCACCGAGUUCAACACCUACACAGGUGGCCAGAUCCAAGAAGCUGUUUCGUCGGUUACUCAAGUGCCCGAUCGUGGCUUCAACUUGACCAGCAACCAGUACAUCAAAUACGGAGUCGAGUUUUCGCCUGACUUUAACUAUGAUGGAAGUGGAUCCAUGACCUGGUACGUGGACGGCAAGCCUUCUUGGAGUGUCAACCCUAAGGCCUUCCCACCGCGCAAGGAACUCGACAUCGGACAGCGCAUCAUCCCUGUCGAACCGAUGGCCAUCGUUAUGAACUUGGCCAUCUCGGACGGUUUCCAGCGUGUCAACUUUGACAAAGGAGGCAUCACAUUCCCGGCUUUCAUGGCGAUCGACUAUGUUCGAGUCUACCAGAAAGACGGUCAAGCUGAUUUAAUCACUUGCGAUCCCGUCGAUCAUCCCACAGCCGACUUCAUCAAAAAACACCAAGAGAUUUACUACAACAACAACCUCACACAGUUCCCACGCGACAAGUUUACUUGGCCUAAGAACAAGUUGACUGGCUGCUGA